UUCCCUUAGUGUAUAAAUAAUGUAGAUCUGUGUGCUUCCAUCUUAUCUACUUACGCAUGAUCCUGUUGUUGCAUGGAAGGUUAGUAUACGCAUGGUUUUGUUAUAUUUUAUUUUUGUGUUAUUUUCACCUUUUCUCUUUUUUUUUUUGUCAGUUUGAUGAUUACGAUUUUUUUAGCAGUUUUUUUUUGUGUUUUUUCUGACUCAGCAUGGAGGUUAGGCAAUUUUUUAAAACUUGAAAUCUCCAAUCUUCCUGCCUAAAAUUUUCAACAUAUUCUUUUAUUUAUAGAGAGUGUGGUCUUAUGCAAAAUGAGAAGGUAAGAGAUGUACACAGUAACACAAUGCAAAUUGUUUUUCUUCCACCCACCUUAUCAAGAAAACGGGUUCAAACGUCUUCCAUGGUCAAUAUGUGGAUGGAUAUCUAAACUGAUUGAAGACUUGGAGACAUUUCUUUUCCAACCCCUUCCUCUUACAAUCAUUAGCUCUGUGAAUUCACCUGGGGACAUAGGAUCAGUUUUUGUUUUCAUGUACUAAAGCCUGUGUGUGUUAGCUUGGUAUCUGCUAAAUACCUUACAGCUCAUAUCUAUUCUAGUCAAUAAAUGGAUGGAUGACUGGUCAGUCAAAACUAAUUAUUGUACUUAAGUAGAGACUUCCUUGGAUUUGAAAAGUUAUGGGGCAUUGUUCUCUUAUACUGUGUGGCUGCAUGAGCUGCAACAGUCUCCCAGUGCUCUAUCAUAAACAAUUAACCCUUUCUUUCAUGUGAACUUAUUGCAGCUUGAAACCUGUUGCAAAUUAGAAUUUAACUAUAUCAGUCACCAGUCAGUGUUUAAAGUGGAUUUCCCUACUAAUGGAUUGUCAGCAAGAAAAAGAGCUUCUUGUCGAUCAUUCACACAGAAACAGCUUUCACUGAAAUUUCUACCCUAAAUCAACUGACCAGUUGGAAAUUGGCAGCUUUCCUAGCAUUCUUAGAUUUAACUUGUUAAAAUGGUUUAUAAAAGUCACUUCUGACUUGUGAAAGUGACAGGAGUCUUGUAAUAGCACUACCCAUCUACAGGAAAUGAAGGCCGUAGGAGACCUCAUUGCUGUAUAUGUGAGGUUGCUGGCACACAGUGCACAUGGUGGUUGUAGAAAUGGUGCCGGAUGUCCGUUUUUCAGGGCUGGUGUUAAAGUGGAGGUGGCUUGCCGCCACCGCCACUCACUCUUGAUCUUCUCACCACCACUUGUGACUGGCGGCUGAAGGAAUCUCACUGGCCUUUUCUCUUUCUGGACAGAUGAAAACUUUAUUCUCAAACACGACAGAGCCUUCCUGCUGUCAAUGGCCAACCGAGGCAAAGACACAAACGGCUCCCAGUUCUUCAUAAACUCUCUAGCAUCCUGCUCUUCCAAGCACGACAAAGAUGGCACCUCAUCUGGAUGGAGUUCACGUGGUCUUUGGUCUGGUCAUCUCCGGGUUUGAGGUGGUAAAACGGAUCGAGAGUCUGAAGACCGACUCCGCGAGCAGGCCCUACGCUGAUGUCCGGGUGGUCGACUGCGGACAGUUGAUAACGAAGUCAGCCAAUGACGUGCUCGAAGCCAAGAGGAAAAGAACAUCGCAUUCAACAGACUCCUCCCUCAGCUCCUCCGACUCUUCCUCACACUCCUCUUCCUCGGAGUCAGACAGCGAAUCAGAGGAAAGGCACAGGCGCCGCAGACGGAAGAGGCUGGUCAAGAUGAAACGCUCAAAGAAGAGAAGGAAAGAAUUCAAAAAGAGGGAGGAGAGUAGAAACCAAAGUCAAAGGAGCUGUCCCGAGGAGGAGACUGGCGAUGGGGAUAUGGACAAGGAACAGAGCAAGCGAGAGAAGCCUGUGGUUCGACCAGAGGAAAUCCCACCCGUGCCAGAGAAUCGAUUCCUGCUUAGGAGGGACAUGCCUGCUCAGGAGGAGAAUCCUGAUACAACCCAGCAAGAGGCCUCAUCGGUUCCAAAUGACCUCAAGCCAGCAGUCACAAAAUCUGGGCGGAAAAUCAAAGGCCGUGGAACAAUGAGAUAUCACACUCCACCUCGGUCUAAAUCCCGCUCCGAGUCUGAAGAAGACAGAGGAAGCAGUGAAACUCCACCUCACUGGAAAGAGGAGAUGCAGAAAACUAAGACGUACCAACCACCUAGCAUAGAGAAAUGGAGUAAAGGAGACAAAUUGAAUGACCAUUAUUCAAGCAGAUGGGACAACAGAAGUGUCUCUCCGCGGUCCAGGUCCUGGUCGCAGGAUUACUCCUCUGACCACAGCUCCAGUCAGCACCACAGACUCAAGAAAGAGAAGAAGAAGAAGGCCAAGCACAAAAGGAAGAAGUCCAAAAAACACAAGCGACAUAAGACAUCCAAGGGAAAACCCAGAGAGUCCCCCCUCUCUGAGGGUGAGAUGUCAGCCUCAUCUGGCAGGAGAUCAAAGCUGUCCAGCCACCUGGAGAGAAGGUCACGUUCCUCCUCUAUCUCCAGACAUUCCUCCAGGAAAGUGUGGUCAGGGUCUGAAAAGAAGUGCCGUUCUUCCCCUUCUACCAGAGACUCUCGGUCUUACACUAGGUCUAAAAGCCGAUCCUAUUCCCUAAGCCAAUCAAGGUCACAUGGAAGAACAAGAUCUUCGUCAAGGUCACGUUCUCGGUCACGCUCUCGGUCACGAUCUCGGUCGCGCUCUCGGUCACGUUCUCGGUCACGUUCUCGGUCAAGGUCACAGUCACGGUCACGGUCAAGGGCCCGUAAGAGGAACAUAUCAAGAUCCCCUAGACAGACUAAGCUGAGUGAGAGCAUCAAACCAAAAGCAGAAGCCCCAGUGCAGGUGGUAGUUAAAGGUGAAAGCAAGCCAGUGCCUGCACCAGCUGCAGAGAGUGCUCCGGUAUUGCCUUUGAGUGACAGUCCUCCGCCUUCCAGAUGGAAACCUGGACAGAAGCCCUGGAAACCCUCCUAUGUCCGUAUCCAAGAAAUAAAAGCAAAGGCAGUGCCUGCUGCCCUCCCUCAGCUGAGCCAUGUAGUCAAAAGUGCUUUGGAAAGUGAGCGAACGUCCUUGAAGCACAACCAGCAUGACAGCUCUGAGAGCGAGAGGAGCUAUGACUCCAGGCGGUACAGCAACAAGGGUCGAAAACCUGCACGGCGGUCGCACAGUAGGUCCUCCAGAAGUAGAUCCUACAGCAGGUCGUAUAGUCGCUCCAGGUCGAGGUCACGGUCCCCAGCCAAGUAUGACAGUCGGUCUUCAUCCUAUAGCCGGUCCAACGAUUCAUACCGUGGAAACGAGGUCAAGAGGAAAACAAGCCUUGAAAAGAAAGGGAAGAAAUACAGGACACACAGGAGGAGUCCUCACAGUCCAAUUUUGGACACCCAUUUGAAGAACAAGAAUGCACAUAAAGUGAAGCGGAAUUACACCUCUCCGUCCUGUUCUGAAUAUGCUUCUGAUAGCGAAAAUAGCCCGAUUGACAGAAACAGAGAGAGUGAUACUGUGUCCAAGGGGCCACAAAGUAAAUUUGACUCCUUGUCAGAAACUGGCAGCCUUCAUACAACCAAUCAAAAGAGUGACAAACUGAAUAAGGCUUUAUCAUUGGAAGACCCCAACAUUAAAUCUGGAUGGGACAGUGACAGUGACAAGUCCAGAAAAAAGACCAGCGUGAGUGACCAGUCAAUUGAAAACCAUAAACCUGAAGUGAAACCUGAUGAGAAAGGUGGAGAAAAGAAAUUCAGUCGAUGGGACUCGGACAGUGAUUUUGAGGGUGCAGCAAAAACAUCUACAGCUGCAGAUUCAAAACACUCAUCUGGUAAAGAGGAAGGCGAGGCCAGUUCUGAGUCUGAGAGCGAGGGCCACGUGUCUUUGCACAGCAAGGCCAGCAAAGUCACAGGUGAGGCAUCCUCCACAAAUUCUGAGACUGACCUAAAGAAGACUUCUGAGAGCCCCCCUGGUUUUGAGGAAAGCCCUGAUAAAGGCAAGGUGUGUGAACGGCACAAGACGAAGAAGAAAGCCAAGAGAAAGCACAAGCACAAGAAGAAGACCUCCUCAAAAGCGAGAUUGCAUCGAUCAAAGUCCAAGACCAAAGCCAAAAAGUCCAAGAAAAAACAACAGAAACCUAAGGAGACAUUCCAGUGGAAACCGCCACUUGAAGAGGAGGAGGAGGAGGAAGCUCCAGUUCUAGAGCAGCGCAUUAAUCAGAAGCAUCCUGCGGUUGUGAAGGAAAGCCCUUUAAAAACUAUCAAAGGAAUUACUCCUAAGUCCCAAGGUGUGGAAUAUGAAGUGAAAACAGAGAAAAACCGCAAACCAGCCAAAGAAACUUGCACAUUGCCAGCAGUACCUUGCCAGGUGGAAGAAAUGCCUGAAACUACCAAAAAGGGGGAGAAAUUCAAAGAACCGGUUAUAAAUCCAGCUCAUUUGGAACACCCUGAAAUGACCCACAGUAAAAGUGAUGCUGGCAAUUCUGAGUUACCAAAGAUUUCAGGCCAGUCAGAACCCCCUGAUGAUUCUAUGGAGAUAUGCACCCCUGAGCAUGACAUCCCUGAAGUGAUCAGUGAAUUGUCAAGUCCUUGCCUGGUCUCUGAACCAUCACAGAAUUCAACUCCAUACAUUGAUCCCCUGAAGAAUGCAACAAAGGAUGGCGGUUGUCUUCUCCCGCCUAUUACUGAGGAGUGUCCUCCUGCUGUAGCUCCAAUUUCAGUUCAGAAUUGUGGGUCAGGGGAGGAAACCGCCGCUAGCAAAGCUGCAGCAAUGGUUGUGGACCCGAGAUGGAAACCCCUGCGAGGGAUCUCUGGUCUGCAGCCAGCGAACCCCAACUCUGUUGGUGCACAAAAUCCAGAUCAUCAGGAGCAGAAUGACGGUAAAUCCCAGGGCCUCAGGAUCGAGAUUAAGACCAGAAGUAGAGUUCGGCCAGGGUCCCUGUUCGACGAGGUCCGCAAGACAGCCCGUCUCAACCAGAGGCCAAGAAACCAGGAAAGCUCCAGCGAGGACAGGUCCCCCUCUGCCUGCGACAAGGGCAAGUCUCGCAGCCGAUCGAGGAGCAAAUCCCACUCCGUCUCCACCCGGCGGUCAAGGUCCAGGUCCAGGUCACACUCAUCCAGCCGCUCCAGAUCCCGAUCCAGAAGCUCCAGUUACUCCUACAGGAGCGACAGCCGGAGUCACAGUCGCAGAAGAUACAGCAGGGGGCGCUCUCGCUCUCGCAGCAGCAGCUCCCAAAGUCACAGCCGGACGUACAGUAGAAGUAAAUCCAGAAGCCGGUCAUAUGAUCGUCGCAGAAGGUCCAGAUCGUACUCGUACGACAGCUACACCAGCCGCAGCCGGAGCAGAAGCAGCAGGAGGCGGAGAAGUGAGAGCUACAGGAGCUCAGACCGCAGGUCCAGGUCGUAUCGCUCUUACAGUGCUAGCGACCGCAGCUACUCGAGACGACGCAGUCACAGCAGAAGCAGUAGGUACAGCUGAGAAGUGUCUGGGAGACGAGGGGUCCUUCCGGCUUUAGCCUGCUUAUGGGGCCCAUGUAGUUGAUGAGACCUUUAAGACAUUUAAAAUAUUUCCUAAUUUAAUGUGCCUUUGCUUUGAGAAGGCAAGGUUAUAAUCUUUGUAAAUACUUUUAUGUACAUCUAGAUUUACAAAUGGUUUUUAUUUCCCAUGUCCUUUAGUUCAGGUUACUUUUUUAUUGAAAAUGUUGAAUGUACAGUAAAGGAAAGGAUCAAAUGGCAUGUAACAGAUGACACCAAAAGUGCAUCAUGCGAAUCCCUGGUUUAGAACUCAAUGCCUUAAUCAGCUUCAACAAGCAGGGAAAGGGGAAAAAAUGAUGGUAAUGAACUUCUGUAGUGUUAACACUAGAUAUUGGAUAUUACAUGCUUUCAUUUCUGCUUAUUUUUCUUACAGUGCUGAUUUUUCUUUUAUGAAUGUAAAAUAAAUGUCUGAUGUGAUGUCUGGAUCUUGCUGUCACUUCUUUCUCGGUCUCGUUGGCAGAAACUGCUGUAUAACACAUUGCUUUUAAAUUUAAACUCAAUAAAAGCUUUUGCAGUUUU